UAUUAAAACUAGUUGUGAUUAUAAAUUAGUAAGCCUGUUGCUUGUUGAUUACACAAAAACAUUUUGCCUUAAAGUUUCUGGUUUUGUGCUAAACAACUCUUAACAAGCCUAGAAAUUCACAUUUACCCUUAAUUUUACUCAAAAUAUAACCGUAAUAUAUAGAAGGCUGCAUUGAAAAAAAGUUGUUUUCUGUUCCUGGCAGUCUUGGAUCCUAAAUAACUAUCUGAGCACCUUAAACUACAGCUCAGUAGCUGGGUGUUGACUAUCAGUCAUAGUUGUAUCCUUCGUGUCAUCUGGUAACAUGCUUUGUUGAGUGUAGCAGGCGUCAGCCACCACGGCUUCUGUUUCCACUUCUCCUGUGGCUCUAAAGAUAGAGCACACUGGGAUUGGUGUUCCUCAGGAGAAUUAAAACACAAUGGCCCUCCGAGGAGAUGGGAAAAUUGUAGACUGCACUGGCUGGAGUCAUCCCAAGGAGGGGAAGUAAAGUCAAUCAGCCUGGUGGAAACUCGGCUGGUUGCUUGUUUAAUAAUAUUGCAGCACAGAGAGACCUUGAAGAUGUUGACAUUCACUCACUAUAGAAUUCACAAAAUACUAAAUAGCAUACAGCAAACCAAGACUGUUUUUCUCAAACGAAACAAAUUAAACCUAUAAUAUAGAACACAAAACAGAUGAAACAUAAAAUAGGUUUCAAUGUUCAUAGACCUUUUCUCGCAGCAGGUACCUUCAUUCCGUACCUAUGCUUUGUCAUUUUCUCUCUUCCUUUUUCUACUUAUUACUCAUAAACAAACCAUCUUGUACCCAUGUAGUGAAACCACUGCCUAUCAGUUUAUUACUGUUCGUAGUAAAUUGUUUUCAUGAAUUAUGUCUGAUCCCUUUUUGGGCCAGCUGACCCCUAUGAAAAAUGAAAGAUUACCGCUGCUGAUCAAACAAAAAUAACUCUAAGCGACUGGUUCUCAAAGCAGUUGCUGAUGGCUCCAAUUGAUACCUAAGGAAUUAGGUGUGUAAAGACCAAAACUACAAAAAGACAAAAUGGCAAAGUGACCAGCACCACACAUGGACACUCUAUGGACCUUCUCAACCCCCCUCACUGUCCUCUGCAGGGCACUCUAGUACAGGGUAGUAUAGAAACAAAUAGAAGUGACUUUGAAAAUGUGUCGAUUGCCAAAGUGGGUGCAAAACAUCCACCUGGCAGACUUAAGUUUAUGCAUAGUAUAUACCAAAUGUCCCACAGCAGGGGGCUCAAAUUAAUACCCAAUAAACUGGAUAUUAAAUAAAAAAGCAAAAAGUAUGAUUUGGCAAAUGAUUGUAACAUCUCACUUUACAAAUGGCUCCAUUCUAUACCCGGAAAAAUUGGGUACAAAAUGGCAAAAACUACCAAGGUACAAAAUGGAUAAGGGGUGACUUGACCAUUACCUGGCAGGAACAAGCAAUGAAACAAACUUCAUGAGCUCUCUUCCAGACAUAGCCAUAGGCAAAUCUCUGCUGACAGCCAGACAUCACUCAGUCAGAAGGCAGAGUCUUCACAUCAAAGCCUCUUUGCUGAUCAUCAGCUGUCUUACGGUCUCACUGUGGUUUACGACCUUAUGCCCUAUACUUCAUGUAUUACAUGAUACUCUACUUUGCAUUCACAGACACAGAUUUGCAUGUAAUUAAAUAACAGAUUGAAUUUUCAUUCCUCUUUUACACAACUCGAGUGCCCUGUCAGGACUUGUCCCCUGAAAAACUGCAACACAGAGACUAAAUAAACAAGAACAAGCUUGCUUUGAUCAGUCAUGUUUCACCACAAGAGUCCAAAGAGGCAGCAUAUUUCACCACGUAUAGACAGGAUUUCACCCAGUCAACAGUUACCAGAAUUAGUUUAUUAAGUGUUGUGAUUAGAUAUGUAAAAUAAGAUUGUUCUGUCGAUUUGUUAGCAUUUCAGUAAAGUUGUAAAUUCUGUAAUGUGUCGGAUGUUGUUUUAAAUUUUUUUUUAUUAGAUCAGUUAACUAUAUAUUUACAUACAACAGCAGCAAAACCAUCUGUUGCCUUGUAUUACAGGAAAUUGUAGAGCAUAUUAUACCAGGAAGAUAAAGAGCAGCUCCUUUGUGACCCUGAACAGGAUAUAGAAAAUGAAUGAAUGAGCUGCUAUUAACUCACUCAUCAAAUCAUAACAUUUUAACCUAAAGCCUUGUUAUUUAAGCCCAGCUUGCUAUCAAAAUCAUAUCUAGUUGGCUGCCUUGUGUGUCUGAUGGACCUAAUUUUGUCAGUUUUGGUAUAUGUUGCUAACAGUACCCAAACCUAACACAUAAGAACAUGGUAAACAUGCACAGUUGUGCUCAGAAGUUUACACACCCUCAUCAAUGGUAUGGAUGCUGUUAAUCUGGGGCUUUAAAGUAUAUAUCUAAAUCAAUCUUGUUUUAGGGGUGCACUGAUUAUAGAACACACAACUUCAAUUUAUUGUAGCUUUUCUCUAAUCCACACAGGACUGAAUGGACUACUCUAGAAAGCUUAAUGUUUAAUCUUUCCAAAACCUGUUUUGAUGCGUGUUUGGGAUCAUGAUCCUUCGCGAACCCCAAUGUGUCCACGUUUGAACCAACUAGUUGUUGAUCUAAGGUUUUAGAGGUAGUCCAUCCUCAUUAUAUCACUCACUUUGCGCAAUGCUCCAGUUCCAGUCAAAGUAAAACAGAUCCUCAGCAUGAUGCUACCGCCCCCAUGUUUGGCAGUAGGUACAGGGUUUUGCAGUUCGAAAGCCUCAAAUUGACUUCUCUAAACACACUUCUUUUCUUUGUGGAUAAAAACUCAGUCAUUGUCUCGUCUGACUAUACAGCUUUUCUCCGGAAAACAUUUUUCACGUCCAGGUGACAGCUGCACAUUUUUGUUGAGUGUGAAGGUGUCAGUUUUGAAGCACACGCUUCUUUCCUGUUUGGCACUUUCUUUGUCCACAUUUAUGUCAACCUUGCUCCAUUGUGGACAUUAAUACAGGUCUUCUACCAUCCUCUAGUUAUGAUAACCAAAUGGAUAACUAUGACUAGAGAUGUAUAACUGAAAAACAAAAGAAGGACUGUAGAAAACCUCUAUUAAUCAAUGUGCAUAGGGAGUAAAAGUAAAAUUUGAUAAGUCAUGUUUCCUUUACAUCAUAUAGGUGACAGAGUGCAUUUGCUCAAUGUUUAACUGGGUUCUUGUAUCUAUGUUAGUCUUACUAGACCUGCAUUACCUACAUUUCUCUGUUAAAAAGCACUUUGCCUUCAAAAUAAUGAUGGCAGGUUCAGGAUGUUAAUGUUGACUAACUGAUGGUUUAAAAGUUUUAACCUUUUUGAUCAAAGAUCUUGUUUCACCCUUCUUUUACAGUAUGGAGAGUGAUGGGUAAUCCCUAUGAGUUUGGAUCCCUAGUCUCCAACAUGGCGGCUGAUCUCUACAGUCCCCCAUCCCCUCUUGGGGAAUCCCUCCUGAACAGUCCACUGUGUGGAGACCUGAUAGGAAAUCUUCCUGACUUUUCCCCCUCAAUAGAAGUUGACUCACUGGGAUUUGAUUUCCCAGUGUACCAAACCACUGGUUCUGGAUCAAGCAACACCAUCACAGUGGAUGCCUUGACUCCGGCCUCCAGUCCUUUGUCUGAGGUGUGUGGAGCAUCGCUUUGUCCAGAUGAGGGUAGUAGCCCCCUCAGCCUUGAGUGCAGGGUGUGCUCAGACAAAGCUUCAGGCUUUCACUAUGGAGUGCAUGCAUGUGAGGGCUGCAAGGGUUUCUUUCGGAGGACCAUCAGACUAAAGCUGGAAUACGAUAAGUGUGAACGCAGCUGUAAAAUCCUGAAGAAGAAUCGAAACAAAUGCCAGUACUGCAGGUUCCAAAAGUGUCUCUCUGUGGGGAUGUCCCAUAAUGCCAUCCGGUUCGGUCGCAUGCCCCAGGCAGAGAAGCUGAAGCUCAAGGUGGAAAAGAAGGUUGUUGAAACAGAAGUAGAAGACCCCAUCAAGGCCGACCACAAGAUUCUGGUCAGACAGAUCCAUGAAGCCUACAUAAAGAACUUCAACAUGAACAAGGCAAAAGCACGGCUCAUACUAACUGGAAAAACCAGCGAGCCGCAGCCUUUUAUCAUUCAUGACAUGGAGACAUUUCAGCUUGCUGAAAAGACGUUAGCAGCCCACAUAGUAAGGACUGAGUCUGUGGAGUCCGACAGAGGCCUUCAGGCUGGGCAAAUAAUUCCAGCUAUGGUGUAUGAGGAGCUCCAGCAGAGGGAGGCUGAAGCCAGGCUCUUCUACUGCUGCCAGAGUACCUCGGUGGAGACAGUCACCGAGCUAACAGAGUUUGCUAAAGCUGUGCCUGGCUUUCAGAGCUUGGAUUUGAAUGAUCAGGUGACUCUCUUGAAAUAUGCAGUUUAUGAAGCUCUUUUCACCCUUCUGGCCUCAUGUAUGAACAAGGAUGGCCUCCUCGUGGCACGUGGCGGAGGCUUCAUCACCCGAGAAUUCCUCAAAGGUCUCCGCCGUCCUUUCAGUGAUAUGAUGGAGCCAAAAUUCCAGUUUGCUACUCGCUUCAACUCUCUAGAUUUGGAUGACAGUGACCUGGCCCUCUUUGUAGCAGCUAUUAUCUGCUGUGGAGACCGUCCAGGACUGGUGGAUGUGCCUCUGGUGGAGCAGCUGCAGGAAAGCAUCAUCCAGGCUCUACGGCUCCACCUACUGGCCAAUCAUCCUGAUGACGCUUUCCUCUUCCCCAGACUGCUGCAGAAACUGGCUGACCUCCGGGAACUGGUAACGGAGCACGCACAGCUGGUCCAGGAUAUCAAGACAACAGAGGACACUUCGCUGCACCCGCUCCUGCAGGAAAUCUACAGAGACAUGUAUUGACAAAAUUAGUUAGAGUUCAUAUUAUUGUUAAUGCUCUAAUCAGGCAGCUUGCAUGGCUGCUGAGUCCUGAUUGUCAUAGUUUGCACAAGUAUAAAAUAAAAGCUGCACAUGAUUUCUCAAGUUAUAAAUGCACUGAUUUAAGCCUAAGAAUAUGAAACACAGAGGAUUUUAGGUGGGGUUAAAAUAGCCCUAUUUGUUAUGCGUAUUUAUACAAACCAGCCUAAUCUGCCUUUUCUAUUUUAAGAUUUAAUGUCAGAGAAAUACCUGAAUCCGUGCUGUAAACGUGUGCUGCUUGAGAUCAGAUUUCAUCACCACAAAUUAUUUUAUUAUACACGGCAGUUUCUAAUGUCGCAAAUGUAUAUUAAUCUUGCAAAGUGAAUCUUGAAAACUCAGACAUCUCCGUAGUUUGCCUUUAAGCUUUUCAGGUGUCAAAUCUGCAGAGUGAAACAUGUCUUUGUGCACAUCCUGUGAAUUCAAAUCACUGGCAAGUAUUAAACGUCUGCAAUAAGAACACAAUAAUCUGUUGAACUGGUUCAUGCAGUGUUUUGUAAAUAUUACAAGAAUCUAUUGACAACAGAGAAAGAUAGUAAGGUCACUACCAAAUAUGGGAAAUUGAUGCCUUAUUUUAUAAUUAAGUGCUUUAUACAGUAUUUUGUAAAAUCCUGUACAUUACAUGAAGUUGUUUCUGUAAAAUAAUAAUCUUGUAGAGUAUUAUAUAAAUUAAUAUAUUAAAUUGUUUUAUUUGCAAUUCUGUGAAAUUUACAUUUAGAUACCUGCCUAAUGAAGAUGUAAAUUAUUUAUCUUUUUGAUUUCAUUAAAAUUAAUUCAACAAAUGGCUUAUGUAUAUUUUUAUUCAUCAUAAGUAAGCUAAACUGGUUUGCUCCCAAUUGUUACAAUAAGACUGAUUUUUGUUUUUUAUUCACAUUAGUGUUGCGGAUAAAAUAAGAUUGAACUGUGCUGUAUGAAGCUCAAUCACAACCUUGGAUCAUAUCUGUAUCAGUCUAUCUCCAGAAACAUAUCAGUCUGUUAGAUGUACACUAGCAUCAUUUUGUGCUGUAUCCAUCAAUUGAAUCUUAUUUUAUAAAUGACUCUUUGCUCUUUCGCAUAAGAAAUAAAUAAAGCAGAAUUUGUCUGGUUUUUCUUCGCUAUUACA